GUCUUCUAAGUGCAAAAUCAAGUAUCUUCAUUCAAUCUAACUUUAUAGAGAGAAAGAGAGAGAGAAGAGGAAAUUAAAUUAAAGAACCAAACAUGGCAGAGAGCUUUCGCAUGACUGUUGCUGUUAUUGGGAAUGUUGCUUCAGUGGCCCUUUAUGCUGCACCAACGGUGACAUUUAAGAGAGUGAUAAGGAAGAAAAGCACAGAGGAGUUUUCAUGCAUACCGUACAUAGUGGCACUGCUGAAUUGUCUGUUAUUCACAUGGUAUGGAUUGCCAGUCGUCAGUUACAAAUGGGAAAACUUUCCUCUCGUCACUGUUAAUGGAGUUGGGAUUGCUUUUGAGCUCUCCUAUGUUCUCAUUUAUUUCUUCUUUGCUUCCCCCAAAGGAAAGGUGAAGGUAGCCAUGACAACAAUACCAGUUCUUAUAGUGUUCUGCGCCAUCGCAAUCGCAUCGGCUUUCGCCUUUCCCGGUGACCAUGGUCACCGGAAGCUACUCGUGGGCAGCGUAGGCCUCGGAGUUUCUGUAGCAAUGUAUGGAUCUCCUUUGGUCGUAAUGAAGAAAGUGAUACAAACAAAGAGUGUGGAAUUCAUGCCACUACCUUUAUCUUUGUGCUCAUUCUUGGCGAGUUCACUGUGGCUAACAUAUGGAAUCCUCAUUCGGGAUAUAUUCGUUGCGGGACCAAGUGUGGUUGGAACACCCUUAGGCAUUCUCCAACUUGUUCUCCACUGCAGAUACUGGAAAAGGAAAGACAAUGUGGAACAGCAAAAAGGGGACACAAUAGAAAAGUUGGACUUAGAAAAGGGUACUCCUGCAAAUAAUUAUAAUGGGGAUUUAGUAGGAAAGGGAAAUUUGGAAAAUAAUAGUAAUAACAUUAUUAAUAAUGUGACAAACCAUAGCAACUGCAAUUCUUCAUGAUCCAUGAGACAAUUAGCUAUGAUGAUUUUGUUAACAACACCAUAGGUUGAACGUUUGAAGGUUCUCAACAAUCAAGUUAUUUUAAGAUUCGGGGUUUAUUACUACUAUUAUUAUGUUCAUGUUAAUUUUCUUGUUUCUUUAGACAACUAAGUUACCCGUGUAAUCAUCAAAGCUAGUGUUGUGCUAACGAGUGUAUUCAUCAUCACAUAAAUUUUAUUAUAUAUAGUUCUAAUUUUUAUUGCA